CGCGUCCCGGACGGGCCGCCCAGUUAUUGUUUUUUGAACCGGCGACCGGCGUGGAGGUCGUCCCUGUGAUUGUGAAAAAAAGUCAGGUUGCGCAGUUAUUCGCGAGCGCACGCGUUUCGGGAUCACCGCGCGCAAGGACGGAAGACCUUGAACCUGAGCAGCAUCAACCUUUGAGAAGAGGAGGAAGUGAUUGAAAAAAAAAGACAGUGGUUUGGAAAACGAUUCCAGAGCUUUUUGGAGUUAAUUGCAGAACAGACACGAAACGAACAGAACUGUGGAGGAGUGGUGAUUGAAUUUUAAUUAAAAGUGAAAUUGGGUAUUUUAUUUCCCUUUCUUCAACGAGCGUGAAUCGUGACCAAGUGGGGGAGAACGCGUGAAUAAUGAUCAAAAUUAUACUGAUGUUGGCGAUUUCCGCCCCUUCGCUGCUUCUGGCCGGCCGAAUUCAGCGGGUGAACCUGUCUCCCGAGGAAGCCCAGUCGUACAUCACCCAGCAGAGUUUGGACCUGCGCUACGCCAAGAAACUGGGCGAGCAUCCGCUGGGUUACUUCCGCAACAUUGAGGAUCCCGAGAAGGCGAAAUUCUUCCACAAUGGCCGACUGAUUGAUAAGCCGGAAGACUAUGUCGAGGAGGUGUACGAGGCGAACCAGUUCCAUGGACAGGACGGUUUGGGCCGCGCCAUGUUCGGCUACACCGACUACAACCAGGCCCGACUGGAGGCUCGUAAUGCCAACGGUGAAGUGCGCGGCUCGUACCAGUACAUCGACCCGUUCGGCGAGGAAGUCAUUGUACAGUAUUGGUCCGACGGGCUCGGCUUCCACCAGGUUGACAACCGUCCGGAGGUGCGGCUGGAACCGGUCACGGAAACGCCCGAAGUGCGCGAAGCUAGAAUUGCUCACUUGAAGGCUUGGGAGGAGGCGGCUAACCUGGCACGGUCUGGAGGCCCCUCGGGAGUGAACUACAACAAGCCUGUCCAGAACACGGUUGAUGACGAAGAGGAUGAGGUCGUUGGGGCUCUGUCGAAUCAGCACCAGAGUUUGGUCCGUUACCCAACGCUGCCCUACUCGGACCACAUCGCUCCCGAAGGUGCCGCUUCCGACGAUGCCGUUGUGGUUGAAGCAGUCCGUAGUCUGAAGAAGCGUCAAAACGAUGAAGUUGGCUCCGCUGACCAACAGGACGAUGAGCCCCAGUACGACCCGAAGGGUUUCUUCUACAGCUUCGAGUACCCAGUUUACACGAUCUCGGAAACGGAAGCCGCCAAGAGUCGCACCCAGAAGUUCAAGCGUUCCAACCCGCCUGCCGAACUCCAGGUCGAAAGUGAACCCCUCGUCAAGACCGUCGCCGUCGAGGAGCCCAAACCGGUGGUAAAGAGCGUCGUUGAACCGGUCGUCGAAGCGGAACCGGUUGAGCAGCAGCAAACCGAGGACAACCGGGUGUCGCUGAAGGCCAUCCAAACCGGCGAACAGCUGGUGGCCGCGGUUCACGACGUGCAGAUCUCGCCCAAGCAGAAGCUCAACAGUGAGCAGUGAAUGACAAGAGAUUUUGAUAGCUCCCAGUAAUGAGAGCGCGUUUCAAGAGAAAAAAAAAUACAGCAAAAGAUCUCCCCAGAAGUGUGCAACAGGACGAAAUCUUGAAAAAUAAAACGAAGUGAUGACAAAUGUACAAGCGAAGCAAAUUGUAAAAAAAAUGACGAAUAAAUACUCAAAACGACGAACAAUAAAGGCAAAAACUGUGAAAAAA